AUCGUUGCAUAUAAAUAGCUACAUCCAGUGUUUGUGGCGGCACAAGACUAAAGACCUAGUUCAUCCAUGGCCUGCACAAUCGAUUUCCGCCGCCUAGACGAAGGCUUCGGCGGCAAAACCUACAAGCGCAAGAGAAACCCCGAACCCACCGCCAACGAAGAUGCUUUAGUCUUUGGCCCUGUCGGUGCUGCAAUGGAAAUCGACGACACGUGUUUACCUCCGUCAAAGCGGUCGGCGGUACCCUCGUCAGACAAUCCCGACAAGCCGAGCUUCGGGAAGCCGAGCUACGACGGCGUGAUCGCCGGGAGAGUCUCCGGCCGGAAGUGGAAGCAGCCGAGGAAGCAGAGGGCGUCGGCGACGCAGGUUAGCCAUAAGGGGACGACUUUCGAGGAGAGAGCGAAGGAGAAGGAGAUAAAGCGGGCGUACAGAGAGAGAAUGGCGGAGCUGAAGGGCGACAUCAAGAAGAACAAGGAGGAGAAGAGGAAGAAGAAAGAGGAGAGGGAUAAGAAGAAGCAGGAGAACAUCUUGAGGUCCGGGACCAAGCUGCAGGUGAUUUCGAAUCCGAAGACGCUGAAGAAGAUUGCCAAGAGCAAGGACCGGAAGCUGCUCAAGGUUGUUCCUGAUGAUUUGAUCAACAAGAACAAAAAGAAGAAGAAGAACAACAACGACGACUAGAAUAGUCAGUUUUUAAUUUCUUUUUGCUUUUUACGUUUAGGAUUGGAUUCAAUUUUGAUCCUUUUUUGUUUGCUGUUGGAGGCAAUGAGUUGUUGUGCUGUGUGUCAAGAGAAAUAUAUGGUAAUUCAGAGUUGCUGUGCUUCAAAUAUAGCUUCUUUUGUCUGUGAAAUCUCGCAUUUUCCUCAAAUUUUGCACUUCACUUUAAUGGGCAGAUUAGUAUCUCUAGCAAGCUUGGUCUUUUCUUUUCAAGUUCAUAUGAUCAAUGGAAGGGAAGGCAGAGAUUGUGUUGUGUAGGUUUUGUGCUAGGGUUGAUACAUUGGUGUUUUGUCUCAAAGUUUCGAACCAUAUGUGCAAUAUGUAUGUAUUUUGUUUGUGGAUUUUACC